AAUCCUUUAAACAGGAUUAUUCUAAUGAAAUUACGUGACCAACCAGGCCAAGUUGAACGCCGGAUGCGAACAGUUUUCGAACUGGCGUUGAACUUGCACCACUUAUCCAGAUUCUUUAGAAAUUCCUCUUCAUGCAAAUUUAUUGCGUUACCUUGCCCAUUUUGUGCUUUGCGAGGGAGAUUUCCAAAAAUUUACUGAGAUCGGGGAGGCUUAAAAAUGACAAAGAAGUUCGAAUUCAACUGGCAGAUCCCAGUGCCGGAAUUACUGAGAAAUGGAUCGACUUUCGACAGAUGGUUCGAAGACAAGGAAAAUACCGAAUUCGAGCCUAACUGCCUGUUCAAAGUCGACGAAUAUGGAUUCUUUAUUUAUUGGAAGAGCGAGGGAAAGGACGGUGACGUGAUCGAAUUGGCCCAAGUGAGCGACAUACGUUAUGGGGGGACACCAAAGGACCCGAAAUUAUGCAAUAAACUGAGCAAGCAUGGCAAUCUCGAGCAAUUAGACGAAAAGAGCUUAACUAUCUGUUCGGGUGUUGAUUACACGAAUAUUCAUUAUCAACACGUUGUGUGCGCGAAUGCUCAGCAGGCGAAGGACUGGCAAGCUGGCCUCAGAUUAAUUACGCACAAUACGAAAGCGAGUAACGUGUGUCCUACCACUCAGUUAAUGAAGCAUUGGAUGAGACUGAGUUUUUCCGUGGAUCCGAAGGGGAAAGUCCCUGUAAAAGUUAUUUCUAAAACGUUUGCUUCUGGAAAAACUGAAAAACUUGUGUACCAAGGACUGGCCGAUUUAGGACUACCCAGUGGGAAGAGCGAUAAAAUCGAGCCCGAGGCGUUCACCUUUGAAAAGUUUUACACGCUGUACCACAAAAUUUGCCCGAGAAAUGACAUCGAGGAGUUAUUCCAAUCAAUAACGAAGGGAAAGGCAGAUUCGAUCAGUUUGGAACAGUUAGUCACGUUCAUGAACGAAAAGCAAAGAGAUCCACGGCUGAAUGAAAUUCUAUACCCGUUAUACGACGACAAAAGGUGUAUGGAGAUAAUCACCGAUUACGAACGUGACGAAAAAGCUAAAAGUGAAAAAAAGCUCACGAAAGACGGAUUUAUCCGGUACCUGAUGUCCGAUGAGAACGCGCCGGUAUUCUUGGACAAACUGGAAGAAUGGAUGGAGAUGGACCAACCUCUUUCCCAUUAUUACAUAAAUUCGAGCCACAAUACAUACCUAAGUGGGCGACAAAUCGGUGGAAAGAGCACAGUGGAAAUGUAUCGACAAGUGCUCCUAGCUGGUUGCAGGUGCGUCGAACUGGAUUGCUGGGACGGCAAAGGCGAGGACGAGGAGCCGAUAAUAACUCACGGGAAAGCGAUGUGCACCGAUAUUUUAUUCAAAGACGUGAUCAUCGCCCUGAGAGAUUGCGCAUUCGUCACCUCGGAUUACCCGAUAAUUCUCAGUUUCGAAAAUCACUGCUGCCUGAAGCAGCAAUACAAAUUGGCAAAGUACUGCGACGAGAUAUUAGGCGACCUCUUGCUGAAGGAGCCCUUGAAGGACUACCCUCUAGAGCCCGGACAUCCUCUUCCUCCGCCGUGUGCGCUGAAACGGAAGAUACUCAUUAAAAACAAGAGAUUGAAGCCGGAAGUAGAGAAGGUUGAACUGGAGCUGUUCCGGUCUGGCCAAUUCGAAGCCAAAGACGAAGUCGUGGAAGACGCGAGCGCUCCCGCGGUCGCGGAGCCUCCAAAAGAAGAACCUCCCCCACCUGCGGAAGGUGCUCCACCUGGCGAAGGAGGGGCAGAAGGCGAAGCCCCUCCGAUCCAGUACACCGGAAGUACCAUGGCGUGUCAUCCAUGGCUGUCAUCGAUGAUCAAUUAUGCCCAGCCCAUCAAAUUUCAGAGCUUCGAAACCGCCGAGAAGAAAAAUAUCCAUCACAACAUGUCGUCCUUUUCCGAAACCGCUGCGCUGAAUUACUUAAAGACCUCUUCCGUGGAAUUUGUGAAUUAUAAUAAACGGCAGAUGAGCAGAAUUUACCCGAAGGGCACGCGAGCCGAUUCCUCGAAUUAUAUGCCUCAGGUCUUCUGGAAUGCCGGCUGCCAAAUGGUCGCCUUGAAUUUCCAAACUCCUGAUCUACCGAUGCAACUGAAUCAGGGAAAAUUUGAAUACAAUGGUACAACUGGUUAUUUACUGAAACCAGAUUUCAUGAGGAGACCAGAUAGAAGUUUCGAUCCUUUCGCCGAGGGCGUGGAUGGUGUAAUUACUGCGCAAUGUUCCGUCCAAGUGAUAGCCGGCCAAUUCUUGUCCGAUAAGAAAGUCGGGACUUACGUUGAAGUGGACAUGUACGGUUUACCGGCCGACACCAUAAAAAAAGAGUUUAGGACAAGAAUGGUGCCAGGCAAUGGGUUAAAUCCUGUUUACAACGAAGAACCGUUUCUUUUCCGGAAAGUCGUGCUACCGGACUUGGCGGUUUUGAGAAUCGGCGUGUACGAAGAGAGCGGAAAAUUAUUGGGACAACGAAUCUUGCCCCUGGAUGGUCUUCAAGCUGGAUACAGACAUAUUUCCUUGAAAACCGAGGCAAAUUUCCCAAUGGCACUUCCUAUGCUUUUCUGCAACAUCGAACUGAAAAUUUACGUCCCCGAUGGCUUCGAGGAUUUCAUGGCGAUGCUGUCUGACCCCGGAGCUUUUUCGAAAGGAGCUGAAAAACAAGCCGAGGCGAUGAAAGGUCUAGGAAUUGAACAGACCGACACGAAGGCAGAAGAGAAGAAGAAAAAGGAGGAAGAGGCUAAGAAAGCGGAAUUUAAGUUAGAUCCGAUCACGUUGGAGUCUCUGAGAAAAGAAAAGCUUUUCAAGUCGGGGAAGAAACAGCAAAAAGAGCUCGACACGUUGCGGAAGAAACAUCUGAAGGAGCGGCAAACAAUGCAGAAAAAUCACUGCGCCGCCAUUGACAAAUUGGUCAAAGGGAAAGAUAAGAAUUCCUUGAUUCAAGACGCCAACGUGAAGAAGACAAUUUCUGAGCAAACUGCACAGUGGACUGCGAUGAUGGAGAAACAGAGAAAAGAGGAAUGGGAGUUGAUGAAAAAUCAGACAGACGCUGCCAAAGAUGAACUGAAGAAAUUAAUCGAAGUCGUGCAGGUGAAUCAAAAUAAGCAGCUGCAGGUUAAGCACGACAAAGACAUCAAAGAGAUGAACGCGAAUCAAGCCAAAGUGUCGGUCGAAACGGCGAAAGAAGUGAUGAACGACAAAGCUCUGAAGACCAAAGGAGACAAAGACCGAAGGCUAAGGGAGAAGAAGCAGAACAAUACCAAAAAAUUCAUGGAUGAGAGGAAAACCGUACAAAUCAAGCAAAAUCGAGAAAAGGAGAAGCUGAAAGUCACCCACGAGAAACAAGUCACGGACUUGGGCAAGGAAAUCGAUGCGACCAUCGAAAUGUACAAGAACGAAGCGAUUCAGUACGACAUUUCAUCCAAGGCGGAAUUCUAUGUAUGAACAAUGAAGAUUGAAGAUGUUCCAUCCAAUUUUUUUGGAUUUUACAGUACUUUCCUAAUUCCUUUAUCUUGUACUCGUUGAGCUUGUACCUCGAAUAUUUUACAACGAAUUCUGUACCACGCCUUUUACAAAUGUUUGUAUGUGCCAAGACAUUUAACAUGCUUUUAAGAAUUUUUACAAGGGCACAUAACCGCAAACCCAGAUAGUUGAUUUUCGGAAAUGUUCGCGUCGAAGAACGUUAAGAUAAAAUGCUGUUUGAACGCAAAAGGGAUUGAUUUAUGUACAGGGAUUUCUUUUCCGAACAAGAGUUUUGAUCUUGAUCCGUACAUGCCGACGUUAUGGAUGCACGUAACGAGUAAUUGCAAGUGGUAGGUGUGACGCAAGGACGAACUAAAACCACCAAUUGCAUUCUCGGUUAUCCUUGAUGUGCGCCAUUUCCUGCUUCGCGAUGGCAUAUCGAAUAUCAUAAUGCUCCCUCGAUAACAAGCAAAGUCACUCGUUUAAUGCAUCGACGGAUCAUCUGCAUCUUCGGUAAUAAAUGGAUAAGACUGAAGUAUCCGUGAAAUAAAUAAUUGCGGAUAAGCCAAGGUAUUCCGCAAGUCCUGUCCACGCUUUUUACGGCCGUCUGGCAUGGGUCGGCGAGAGCAUCUGUAAAUAUAUUAUUUACAAUCCGAGGUCUAUCGACAAGUGCCCGAUUAUGUACGAAAUAAAUUUCAGGACUUAUGCAACUUGUGCAAC